AUGGUUUCUCAGACAGAUCUUGAGCACGUCGGCAAGAAGCUAGAACGAACAUGCUCGAUGAAAGGCUCAGGAUCAGGGGGCUUCUUAACACAGAAGUUGAAUGCGGCUCGAUCUCAGCGUCGAGCACGCGCCACCUCCAAGUCGACGAACAGUAACACAAAGGCCAUCUACGACAAGUUAGAGCCGCAAGAACCACUCUCACAAAAUAUCUGCUCAGACACAAAACGCCAUAAAAUAUCUCCUGAUAGCGACAUCCCUUGCGAUGAUCCCAGUUGCGUUAUCACAAUUCCACACAACAUUGGCAGAUAUUAUGCUGGCGGUAAAAAAGCUGAAAACAGUGAUGAUGAACUAUACACAGCACUUUGCCCGCCAUACUCGGAGCCAGUCAGUCAUCGUUUUAAUUACACUGUUCCUCCCCCAAUAGUGGUGGAAGCUUAUGUGCGGGUGCAGCAAGGCUGUUCAAACAUUGAUGACGAAGACCUUGUACGGAAUUAUACGCGAAUGCAUAUUUACUCACCGAUACACUCUGCACAUCCAACGCCACCACCAAUGCUAGUCUCUGAACCGGUCAGGACAUACUGUCGAGUCAUUGAUCCAGAUAAACAUGAUGAAAUUCGCCAGAAUCAACUCCAAAAAAAACUCAAAGAGAUGGCAAGGAAAGAGCUUAAAAGUCUGCCAGAUGCCGGUGGAGUUUUGGAUAAGCCAGGUCAUCGAUGCGAGUAUGAAAGACGUACGAAUACUUCUUCGGAGCUUGUACAUCCCCUGUUGAGAUCCAAGAGGCCACCAAAACGCAGGCCGAUGGGGCGUAGGCGCCGAAACUCGGAUCUUCGGAAGGCAAGGGCUGACGAGAAAGUUGAGGAGGAAGAGCAGGUAAUCACAGGUGAGACACUCCAGGACGUUCGUCUCAGCAUUCAGGAAAGGACGAUUGACCAGAUAGCCGAACAGGCAAUAUCAGAAUCAGGCGCAAUCAGGUCCGCAACACCUGAAUCCACAACUUCAUUCUUUCGUUGGUCUGGAGCAAGCAGUCGCAUACUGUCAAAUUAUCGUCACUCAGGCAGAUCCUCAGCGACUACUAUUGAACGACCUUUGGCGUUUGUGCCAGAUGUUUUAAAUACGGACAGGCAGCUGGAGUUGCAUGCAGUGCUCAUUCGGAAAUUAAGAGAGGAAUUGGAGAGCGGGACAUUCCAAGGCAUCAACCUUCGAGAUAAAGAUGGACAAGACCAAGCUGACGUCAAAGUCAAGCAUGCACAUUUCACCGGUUUGCUAUUGCUGGUCCGCAGGGCAUUCCGCGAGCUUCUUGGUGAUCUGAAGGAUCCAUACCUUCCCAUUGGAAUGGAGGUUACGAAGGACGAACUCGGGGAAUUGUGCGAAGGAUACCUCAUCAAGUUUGAGAUAUUGCAGGAGCGAUAUAGUCAUAUGCCUAUCAAGGAUGUCAUUAGUAGCCUUGACAAGCUAGGACUUCGGGCUCGUUUAAGCAAUCUGUGCUAG